GGAGGAGGAGGAGGAGGAGGAGCCAUCGGGGGUCCGAGUUCUGGGGUGAUGGCGCCGCUCAGAGAUGGAGGAGGUCAUGAAGGACAGAAACACCAUCGCUGCCGACUCUACUCUCCUGCUCAGGAGAGCCAGUGGCUGGACAGUGUGUCUCUGCUCAUCAAGGACUCGUUUGAAGGAGACAUGAUCGACAACCUCUCUGGCUCAGUGUUCCAUCACUACUGCCCCCCCCCUGUCUGCAAGGACUGCAAGGACCACCCACAGAAGAUCCAGCUUGCAGAGGUGGAGCAGGCGUCUCUGAUGUCGGAGCAGAUGUCAGACAAGUCCUCGUCUCCGGCGCUGCCUGAUGACCUCAGCCUGGACGAACACAGCUGCUACCAGAUGCUGGUCAGAUACAGCCAGAGAGGCAGCAGUGACUCCCAGAGUUCGGAGGAGUUGCCCACCCAGGGGUGCUACAGGGGGAUUCUUCCCUCCAGCUCAGGAAGCGAGGAGGGGGUCCAGGAGCUGUACGAGGUGGGCGUCCAUCCUCAGGGGAACAGUCCCUCACUGGAGCAGCAGAGCCCCACACCGUGCACAGAUGGAGAUGGUGGAAGUCGAGAUGAAGGCGGUUCUUCUCCGGUCUUCCACCUCCCAGCAGACUUCUUCCACCCGGCUGCUGUAGCUCAUCCGGGCAGUCCCAGGAUCAGUGUUGGUCCUGGAGACAGAGGCCCGUCCAGGCUGCCCUCCCCGGCCUCCUGGGCCUCGCUGCGCUCACCUGGAGCAAACAGCAGGCCUCUGAGCUCUCAGCACCCGUCCCACAGUGACUCCUCUCUGGCCACGGGCAGUUCAGAGGGCAGCCUGCAGACCACUCUGGAGGAAGGGCUCAGCUUCAGCGUGUCCCCUCCCCUCCCCAUGGCUCUCCCCAUCCAUCCCCAGGAGGAACCAGCCUCAGGAGACCCCCCUCUGCUGAAGAGACGCAGCACUACGUUUACCCUCCAGGCCACCAGGGGGCACCAGAGGAGCCAGAGCAGCUGUGGGGGGGGCAGCACCAGCCCUGGAUGCCCACGUCAGGACUCAAUGGACCCUUCAGACGAGGAAGUGGGGACGGGGACGGAUGUUUGUCGGCAGACCCUGAACAGCGAACAUUUGUCAGAAACGCUGAACAGUCUCUCCCUGACGUCGCUGCUCAGCCCGGGCUCUCUGGCACCCCCGCUGGUGAAGAAGUGUAACAGCACGGGCUCACUGGACCAAACCAAUGUAUCCGCCAGGAGUAAAGAUGGCCGCCACCUCAUAGACGCACACGGUUACUUGUCCAACCCCUGGACGGAGGGGAGGGCGGCAGGGGAGGAGGAGGACAUCACAGACUUCAGCGCGAAACCCACAGACACAAGCUCCAGGAAAAAUAGAUGAAACAUUUGUUGCCUCCCUGGAGUGGACGUCUUUGACCAUUUGCAUUUCUGGACCGUGAACAGAGCGGGAAGAGACUUUAAUACAUGUCCUGUGAUCCCGAUUCUGAAACCCUGUCGUGUCUUUGAGUCGUCUCUCAUUCCUCUCUGGAUCCGGCUGCUUGGGGUUAGUCAUUUCUCAAAAGAACACAGUGGAUAUUGUUGCUUUAUGAAAGGACUAAACAAAAAAGAACCAGCUUUUGGCUGAUCUGGGUUUCACUAUCUGAAAUACAGGAUAUUUGAAAAAGCUACAGACAGGCAUGACAAUUAAAGUGAUUGAUGAACAUUACUAAAGUGAUGAUAUUUAUAGUUGUACUGCUUCGAAACAAACAUUUCAAAGACAUUAAAAGCUAGACCCAACGUGCCGUCAACCUCAGUGUUGUCAAGAUUGGACGGAUGGCAAACUCUGAAGCUUCUUUUGAGGAAGAACUGAACUUUGUACAGUUUUAUUUUGUAAUAUCCAUCGCUAACAAGUAGCAUCGACCUACCUUUUUUCCUCUUAAGCAGGUUUGCGGGUAACUGAGAAACGAAAGCUUGUUUAUUUUACUGUGUCCUUUUUUUCAACUUCAACGUAUUGAAGUUGUGCGAAUGUAGACAUGUCUGUCUCUGUUUGUCAGCUAAAGUCUGAUGAUCCACAAAGGGCGUCUUUUAAUAGAAGGCUGGAUAUGUGACUGCUGCUGAGAAUACAUGUGGGUCGGUGGAGGCGUUGGCCACUUUCAGAGUGGACUCUUUGUGCUUUCUACAUACCCAUGAAAGGGCUAAAAUGUAUUGAGUGCAGACCUGGGCAAAAAACUACCUAACACGCUGGUUGAAAGGGUUUAAACCCCAGACUUUUCUCAUGAAAGUAAUAUAUAUAUAUAUACAUGUAAGAGAGAUCUGUCCCUGGAAAUAACUUGUAAAAGUAUUGGUUGGAUUUCUCGCGAACAUCCAGAAUUUCCUAAAAUAUGUAUUUAACACAUUUAAACAGUUUGAAAUAAGCUUAAAAAGACGUCCCGCGUAUAUUAACCAUCUACUUACAUGUUAAAUGUGAAGUAGGGAUUCCCACAGAUCAAAUAUACUUCACAAGGCCGGGGGUAAAACAUUCAACAUAUUAAUAAAACAUAGAGACUUUGGAAAGAGUUUGAUGUCAUCUAGUUUUCCUCGUCUCUGCUUCAGAUGAUGACUGACUACUAAACAGUGCUAUCUAAGAUGUAGGGAUUUUAAUGCUUCAAAGGAAAUUAAGAAAAGAUGGAUUUGUGGUUCAAAGAUAUUGGCUUUGAGAAUAGUCAUUAGUCAUUUGUACAGUUAUGUCAAUUUGUUUCCAUGAUAGCUCAAUGGCUAAUGUAUGGAUGACAUUUUUGGUCCAUCAAUUGCUUCACCACUUUGGUCUAGAAUGAAAUGUUUAAACUGCUAUUGGAGAUAUAUAUAUAUUUGGGGUCCAGUAAAUAAACCCUAAUGAACUUGAAUGCCCCAUUCAUUUAAAUUAACGCCACCAACAGGUCAAAGAUUACAAUUAUGUUGAACUAUCUGGACAUCUACACCACGUAUUGUCAUAAAACCUUUCAAAGAAGUUCAUAGUACCCUAAAUAUGAAGUGCAACAGCUUUUGAGACCCCUUCAUUUGUCCAUCCAGCAACAUUCAAAGCACCACUAUGCUCAACCACAGCCUCACAGAGCUGCUAGCAAGGCUGUAGACUGCCAUCACCUUUGCAUAUAUACCUGCUAAAAUGUUCCUUUUUAGUUUGAUCAAAACCAGGCCAGACAUUGGUACAACAAAAAGAGGUGGUCUCGUCCUCAUUUGUUUGUUUGAAAGAAUACUUCUUAGAACUUUAUGCCAUCCCAAAUACACUUGGCCUUUUAGGUCGCAUUCACACCGAAUAGUCGCUUCUCUGGUGGCACCAGACCAUAGUUUGUUGCAUUGUUUCAUUUUUCAGAAGGUUCAGUUUGCGUUCACACGGGGAAACUCAAACGGACUAUAAACUUUAAACACAAGUCAUGUGCUCGGAAAUGCUGUUCAACCAUUGGUCAGACAUUAAGGGGGUAAAAACACAAAACCCUGCAAUUUCUAGCGGAGCCUCCGCCAUGGAGCAUCGGCACUUUCGGCAGGUUAUUCUCAUGCUGCUGUUAAUCUGGAGAUCAACAGACACUAGCGGCCCGCGCAUAUGAUUAUAUAAUCAGACAACGUCCGUUAAAAAACAUUAUAACAUAAUGAGAGACGUUCUGCAGUAAGGAGGGGGUUUCACAGACGACAGGUGUUCCUACUUUUAAAGCUGACGGAGAAUUGUUACUUUACACGACACUGUUCAACACUUCAUUCACUUCACUCUUUAACUAAACAACCGCGGAUGUCUUGAAAGACUCUUUCGCUAAAGAUUUUGAAGAUAUCCGCGUUCUUGUGACGCGUAAAUACUACGCUUCCUAUGUUUUGGUGCGGACUGCGUUCACACCAGCGAUGAACCGCUCCAGAGUUCACUAGCAAGCGCUCCGAGACCACCUCUUUUAGCGGACUAGAGUCUGGUUGUUUAGUUCACUUCAGAGGUCUCGGACUGCGUUCACACCGACCCAAAUGAACCGCACCAGGCGGCUAAACGCACUAGGGUUACAUUCAACCGGACUAUACAAGGCAGGUGUGAACGCACCCUUAGUCAAACUCCACUAGACCCAAAGAAGAAAAGCUUGAUGAAGAACUGGCUUCAAUAAAGUCAAAUCCAGCAUUGGGUGACAACAAUGGCUGAUGUUAAGCAUUGUGUUUUUUAAAGACCUCUGGUACCAGAAGCAUUGGCUUGUUGACACAACCUCUUCAGUUCAGUUGUCUUUAAUGCUGUCCAGUGUUCACCUCAGUGCUGCUCCGUUUAUUGGGUUUGCAUCAAAAGCCACUGAUACUUAUUUAAAAUAAAAACAGAGAGCGUUAAUAUUAAAUGCACUGGUCUGUGGGACCAGUCAGAUCAAACUGAAUGACAUCAAACUGCCUUUCUGACCCUCUGUCGUUGUUCAAUAGCCCAGAAUACACCUGAGCUGCUGAAAUGAUACUCAAGGAAGCUGCUUUGCAUGUGUGUGUGAAGUACUGGGUAUGAGUUUUGUGGGUUCAGUGUACUGUCAGAUUUCCAGGAUUUCAGAAGAUGAGAUGGUUGCUGCAUUAAACCCAAAUGAUUAUUGACUCAGGUCUGCUUGAGUGUAGCAAGAUAGUAGAACAUACCCUGUACUAUGGCAAGGAUCUGGUGUGAACAUGUGACUUCGAGCACUUGUUUGACGACCCAUGUGUCAUGAAAACCCAGAGCAGGUAGACCUCAGGUUGGACCUAUAUGCACUCACACACACCACAUAUGUAAGCACAUGCGUACAGUAAGAAAUAUACAAAGAUGUCAACGUCAACACACUGCAGGAUGCUUCUGUAGUGGUUUGAGAUGAGAUCCGUCUUCAUCUCUUCCUCUACUUCGUCUUCUUGUUGUCCUAAUUCUCAUUCAAUUACAUUAUCUCCCGUCCACAGGGAGGCCGGAGUAUACAAUGAAUAUUGAUUCCCCCCUCUAUUCGAGAUAUGCAAUAUGCUAAAGUAGAUGUACAGUUAGAGACUCGUAUAGCCAAUAUGGUGAGAGGAGAUUAUAUUUAUGACUUCAUGUAUUAGAAUAAAAUACCAGCGAGAUUCAAAGGCCACUGAAAGGAUGAUGAUGUAUUCAUGUAUUCAAAGAGUGUUGGAGUGUGUAUGUUUUCUCUUCUUCCCCCUUCAUGUUCCCAACUUGAUUUCCAUUCUCCAAAAUGCAUGUGGGUUUUAUUUUCUGUUUUCUUAAAUGUCAUUCUAGUGUCAUAUAAAAGUGAAAUAGCUUUUCAA